UCCACACGUGUGCUUUCUCCCUCUACUCACUUGCUCCCUUCACUGGAACUGUAGUGUCUUUUCUUUUUGUUUCUUCCCAACCAGACUUGUAACAACAAAGAUUCCAACCAAGAAAACCUUUGAGAAAAACCUUAACUGCAACUUUAAAAGGUAAUAAGAAAGAUAAACACUAAAGACUUUUUUUUCAAACCAGCUUUAGUUAGGCUUACUGUAUUUCAUUUCUCUUUAAUAAUAAACGGAAGCUUAUUAAAAAAUGGAACUUCAGAAACUAUCAAAUGGACACCAUCAGCCUCUGGAGGAUUUUCAGCCUCUGGAAGAUGGGAUCACACCAGAGCAGGAAACAUUUUUACCACACAAGAGUGACGGGGAAAAAAAACCUCAGUUUACAGACUUUCAUGGGAAGACCUCGUUUGGAAUGUCUGUGUUUAACCUCAGCAACGCCAUCAUGGGCAGUGGAAUCCUGGGACUGUCAUAUGCCAUGUCCAACACGGGCAUAAUCCUGUUCCUGUUCCUGUUGAUAUGCAUUGCUAUUCUUUCUUCUUAUUCUAUUCAUCUCCUUCUGACAAGUGCUGGAGUUGUGGGUAUUCGUGCUUACGAACAGCUUGGCAAGAGAGCAUUCGGUCACCUGGGAAAAAUACUGGCAGCUGUUGUCAUAACAAUGCACAACAUCGGGGCAAUGUCAAGCUAUCUCUUUAUUGUGAAAUAUGAGUUACCUUUGGUCAUUCAAACCUUCUUGGGUCUUCAUCAGAACACUGGAGAAUGGUACCUGAAUGGCAACUAUUUGAUCAUCAUUGUUUCAAUCUGUAUUAUUCUUCCACUGGCUCUGAUGAGACAGCUUGGGUACUUGGGCUACACCAGUGGCUUCUCAUUGACAUGCAUGGUUUUCUUCCUUAUCUCUGUCAUCUAUAAGAAGUUCAAUAUCCCCUGUCCUCUGGGUGAUAUCAACAAUAACACCACAAUCAACAACAGUUAUAUUUUAUUAGAAGAAAAUUGUAAGGCCAAGUUCUUUACUGUCAACCAGCAGACGGCCUAUACAGUUCCAAUUUUGGCCUUUGCAUUUGUCUGCCACCCUGAAGUGCUGCCUAUCUACACAGAAUUGCGCAACCCCACUAAGCGACGCAUGCAAGCCAUCGCCAAUGUUUCAAUCCUAAGCAUGUUCGUAAUGUACCUGCUGACCGCCAUCUUUGGAUACCUCACCUUUUAUGCAAGUACAGAGACAGAGCUGCUGCACACCUACAGUAAAGUCGACCCCCUGGAUAUACUGAUCCUGUGUGUGAGACUCGCUGUACUGGUGGCUGUUACACUGACUGUGCCUGUGGUGCUCUUUCCAAUUCGGCGAGCUUUACUGCAGCUGAUUUUCCCCGAGAAGCCUUUUCACUGGGCUCGUCACAUCUCCAUUGCCAUUUGCCUCCUUAUUGCUGUCAAUUUGCUUGUUAUCUUUGUACCCAACAUUCGAGACAUCUUUGGCAUCAUUGGCGCCACCUCUGCACCAAGCUUGAUCUUUAUCCUCCCGGGUUUAUUCUAUAUACGCAUUAUCCCAACAGACCAGGAGCCAUUGUGUUCAAGACCAAAAAUUCAGGCUAUUUGCUUCACAGCCCUGGGUUUCAUCUUCAUGACAAUGAGUUUAACCUUCAUAGCCCUGGACUGGAUCAGUGGAGAGAACCGCAGUGGUGGGGGACACUAACUCCCAACCACAAACACAAGGGGUCCAGUAUGCCUGCUCAGCAGAACACCACUGAGCUGUCCUCUUCUCUUAAAUCUGGUUUUGAAGCCUUAGAGAAGAGCAAGAACCAGCAAACAAACAACAAAACAAAACAAACAAAAAUCACUGAUAGGCUGGGCCCAUCUCAUCUCUGGUCCCUUCCCUUACAGAGUGAGGGUUGGACCUGCUUCCCACCAUAUUUCAAAUUAAAUAAGGGAGUGUUUGUGGUGGAGGAUCUUGGCCGAACAUGAUGACAUCACGCCCCUCUGAGGCAGCGUCCUUCAAGAUCCUGAAUGCAGUCAUUUGCUUUGACAAUCAAAUGACAAAUGGCAUAAGUGAUAGAUGUCAGUUAGGUUACUGCUUACAGAUGCAACAUCUGUAUGAGAGAAUCCCAAAAAGCAGAUGUCUUGGUAUGUUUUCUCCCUACAAUGUAAACAGGAAAGAUAUCCAUGUUUUAUACCGCAAUACCUUUGGAACUUUUGUUGAUUCUUGGUUUUAGGGCAAAUAGACUUAUGCCAUGCAUGUCGUUCAUUCUGUUGAUCUGCUACAUUUCACUUUUAGGAGAAAACUUUAUACAAAUUUCUCCAUCAUAGUCUGGUUUUUGUAAAAGGUUAAACUUUUUUUUUUUUAAAGUCACAAACCAUAAAAGCUAAAUAUUGAAACUGUCAAAACACACAUUAAGUACAUUGUGUAAUAUUUUUAAAAACAGUUUUAGCAAAAAAAUAGGCAAACUGGCAAUUUUUACUCAAAAAAGUAUUCAAAGUGGCAAGUACAACUGGCUUUACCUCAAAGAUAUAACUAAAGCAAACCACCCCCAAACCCCCCCUCCCCUUCUUUUUUAUUUUUUAUUCACAACAACAAAAAACAUUAUGUUCCGGUAUUAAAACAUGAUGUAAACCUUGUUUCCAGAAUAAUGAGAAAGUAACAUUGAAAUAUUGAUUUCAAACUGAUUUCUUGACUUUUCAAAACAGCUUUUUGUUUAUGUAGGAUGACACUUUAUCGGAAUAACAAAGGUAAAGCAGAUUAGAAUCUCUGUAAUGGAAUUCGAUGCUGAAAGAAAACAUCAUCUCAUCAGUAGAAUUACAGCAAAGGCUCCAUCUCUAUUUUUCCCAGAACGAACAAGUGAAACCUAUUAAUUCAGAGCUAUUGUAUGGGAAUGUAUUUAUUAGCACUUCUACUGUGGCCUUUUAUUGUAGGCUGAUUUCUUUUCUGGGCCACAGGUAAAAUCUCCACAAAAUUUUUAAAGAAAAAUAAUAAGCAGGAAACAACAACGGCAUUUUUUUCCUUCACUUUUUAUUAAAAAUUCCUAACCUAUGCAUUUAGACCAUUUAUGCCGGUGGCUGAAUUGAGUGUUGAAUGUUUUUUCCUCUAAGUCUAGAGGUCACUGUGAAACAGUGUUUGCAAAAUAUGGCUUUAAAAACAGACUAUUACACAUGUCACAUAUAUCCACAUAUAUAGUUUUGAAUAUUUACUUUUAAGAUGAAACAAAGCUGCAAACUAUGAAAUGGAUUCAAUGCCCUUAUAUGUCUUCAGGAUAACGUUUAGGGAAAAUUUCCCCUUUAUAAAUGAUCUUUUGGAAACCUCACUUGGCAUUUUAAGCUGAUAAAACAUUGACCUAAUAUCUCCUACAAUUAGCACACCCGUACCUCUGUCAGUAGUAAAGUGGGUAAGACUAUUUUAUACUCGGUUUACAGUUGAGCUUUGGCGUAGCUGGCGUGUUAGCUGUGCAGGCCAAUGUCAAUGUGAACUUGACAGUUUACAACCUGUGAACUUGACAAUUUUACCUUUAUCAUGCAGACUAGCUUACCUUGUUAGUCUUGGCAGCAUUUGUGUGGAAUGAAAUUCCUCAUACAGUCAUGUAACUCAAAACUGUUUCUUGUUUUGUACUCCAAAUGCAAACCAUCGCUGAGUUAAUUCUGCUAUCCAUGGCUAGUACUGUUGUUCUUCAUGUUCUUUAAGCAGCUCUGCAUCCUCUCUGCAAGUUUAAAGAAGAUGGUGCUAAUGUGUAACGAAGUGACAAAGCCGUUUGUCAGAAUAUCCAGUGAUACCAAAGAUACUUUACUGCUGAUGAAGUUACUUCAUCAACUGUUUUUUUGUUUUUGUUUACCUUAUUCGCUGUUGACUUGCUUACAGUUUUCAAUAAAGAUGAACUCUGUAUGAAUUGAA